AUGGAAUCCGAAAGCCAUUAUGGUCCAACCGAAGGUUUUGUAAACCUUUUAACGAGCCAGAUCAUUGACCUUGGAUCAUCACAAGUGCCUGUGUUUGGUACUCAACCUUUUGGUGAAUUAAGCCCAGGAGUUAAGCAAUCGGCUCAGAGAACUAAGUGGACACCAAAGGAGGAUGUCAUACUCAUAAGCGCCUGGCUCAACACUAGUAAAGAUCCGGUUAUUGGGAAUGACCAGAAAGCCGCAGCCUUUUGGUCGCGCAUAGUCGACUACUAUAACUCUUCACCGCAGCUUGCAGGACAGCCAAGCCGAGGAAUAGGGCAAUGCAAGCAACGGUGGUGUAGGAUUAAUGACCUCGUCUGCAAGUUCGUCGGAUGUUAUGAGGCAGCUACGAAGGAGAAAUCAAGUGGCCAGAGUGAGAACGACAUCAUGAAAGCUGCACAUGCGAUCUUUUUCAAUGAUCACCAGGUGAAGUUCAGCCUAGAACACGCUUGGAGAGAGUUAAGACAUGAUCAGAAGUGGUGCAGAGCAUCCUCUCACAAAGAGAAAGACAGCUCAAAACGGAUGAAGUUUGAUGCAGCACAUGCGGCUCAGUCACCAAGCAACGUCGAUGGAGGAGGCAAUGGAGAUGAUGGAGCAGGGGUACGACCACCAGGUGUGAAAGCAGCCAAGGCGAAAGCAAAGAAGAUAAACGGUGGGAAAGAAGAAGGAAAAGUUUCUUCAGGAGUUUGA